AGGUCGAACCAUUAAACACACGAGUCACAAUACAGCACAUGUCAACUUGUUGAACCCAAAACACGCCAGUAUAUUGAGCAGACGUGCCUGUGGCCGGGUACGCGGCCAUAAUUACCAAUAACUAAAUACUUCAACUGCAGGUCGACCAUGGCGUUCAUGAAGAGUGCAUUACUCGUGUGUAUCACGGCGGUCGCCGUACUAUACUUGCCGAACCUGUGGACUAAACCUCUACCCGUGCUCAUUUCCGGGACUACCGCACCAGGGUUCGAACCCGUACUCCAGCUUUAUCGGGAGAAUUUUGCAAACGGCGUGGAGUACCCGAUCGGGGGUUCAGCUUUCUCGGUGUACUACAAGGGGUCAAAGGUCGUUGAUAUAUGGGGAGGUUAUGCCGACAGUGAAGCACUCCGACCAUGGAUGGAGAACACAAUGGCCGUCGUUUUCUCAACAACCAAAGGAGUCGCUGCCACAUGCAUGGCUCUCCUUGUGGACAGAGGACAACUCGACUACGACAGAACCGUCGCAUCUUAUUGGCCAGAAUUUGCACAGGAAGGCAAAGAGAACAUCACAGUGCGCAUGCUCCUUAAUCACGAGGCUGGGCUUCCAUACACAAGUAAAGUCAUCACACAGGAAAUACUUGGAGACCAAAAAGCCUUGAGUCAGGUAUUGGCAGAGAGUCCUCCCGUUUGGGAACCAGGCACCGCCCACGGAUAUCACACCCUGACGUUUGGUCUCUACGCUAGCCAGUUACUAAGACGAGCUGAUCCAAAACACAGAACGCUGGGGAAGUUCUUCAAGGAAGAAAUCGCUGAACCCUUCGGUAUCGACUUCUUCAUAGGAACACCUUUCGAAUCGUUCUACCGAGUGGGGCGUCUUACUGGUGACAUCAGUGGUGUAGUGGCCACACUUCUCAAAGGCAUGGGCGAUCCACUAAACAGAGAAAUCGUGUAUGCAAUGAUCAUGGGAACAAAUAAAGACCUCGCCACCUCAUUUGAAAGAUUUUCUCUAAACGCGAUGGAAAACUUCCGACGAGCGGAGGUACUUGCUCUCGAAAACCCAUCAGCUGGAGGUGUGGGAACCGCCCGUGGUAUUGCGAAGCUAUUCGGCAUUUUAGCAAACGGAGGCCAGACUAUUAGAGAUCAAAGGUUGCUUUCAGAAGACGUCAUCAGUAAAUUUAUAGGCGAAUCGAAAGCGCCCUCUUUGGACAGGACCGUCGGAAUACAGACUGCUGUCAACCUCGGAUACACCAUAACGAAAAGUGACGGGGUGGAACAGUUUGGACAUCCCGGGUCCGGUGGAAUGCAAGGACGUGCUGAUCCACAGCGUAAGCUCAGCUUUGGUUACGUGUCAAGUUAUCACUCCCCAUUUGGACUAGGGAAUGAUCCACGGUUUUUGACCCUACAGAAAGCUACAUACGAGUGUGUAAAACAAAUUGAGGGGCAGUAGCGAAAACGUCAUUGAACAUUCGAUGUACAAAUUGUAGUAGUAAACAAUAUUCGAGGUCAGUCCAGUAAACACAAGUUGACGCGAAAAGGGAGACGUUGAGGCCACCAAAGUCGCCUUAAAAUCUAGCGUCACGAGGCUCGUGAAUAACGCCAGACACCAGUCUUGAGCGAAUGUCCGAAAUGUACCUUUUAACUCGCAUCCAGUCACCAUGGAGAUUCACAGUCAAAUCCCACGUACAUAUAUACAAUAAAACAACCGUACAUACAUGUAGACAACAACAUCACAAACAUUAUGCACGCUGUAUGCAUACGACCGAAAGUGCAGCCAAACAUCGGACCAAUCAAAACACAGAUAUGGAAACCUUACGUCACUGCACGUUUAUCCAAUGAAAUCAAUGCAUCCAAUGAAGUCACUGGGUCUGUAAAACCAAUGCGGAUAAAGACUAGAGACCAGUCUACCAUCGAAGUUGAACUGCCUUGGACUUUUGAGAAUGUUCGAACGCACACACCCUCUUAAAAUGUGUACUUCUUUUAUACUUAUAAUUAUCACAAGUCAUUUUGUUAAAAUAAGUCUUGAUGUAGGUUUCUUGUAAACAGUUUUUGUAGAAUGACUGACUUUUCGUACAAUAAAGAGUUUCAACUACGAAA